AGUCACUGAGUGAUAACUGAUUUGAUUGGAUGAAAAUUUGUGUGAAUAGAGACAGAAAAAUGGGUACAGAUGGUACCCCUAGGUGACGGAUCGAUUAUUCUCACUUCUCGAGGAAGGAGAAAGUCGAUAAGCAACUUGCCGUAACACACACGAGACACGAGCACAUACUUUUGUCAAUGUAUCACAAACGAGAAAUUCAAGUUCGAUAUAUCUCUGAAUUAUAAACUUCGAUCCCGGUCGAUUAUCCGAUAUCGGCUACAAAUAGCGGCAAAUUUGUUUGUUUGUUUUUUUUUUUAUUUCAAUUAUUAAGUAUUAUUGUUUUUAAUUAUUUGUGAAAAGAAAUAAAUCAGCAAGUGAUUCAAGACUAAGUGGAUUUUAUUUAAUCAGCGUCACCUCCAUUUUGUUGAGAUAAAAUUCUGGCACCUGUGUCUUACAACUAGUACAAUUGUAAAUAUAAAUAAAAAUAUAUGUUUUAAAAAACACCAGGUAAAUAAAUUAAGACAAGUUGAUUUAAAUAAUUAUUUAAGUUGAUUAGUAAAUAAUGUUAAUUAGUUAUGGCCGGUGUUAAACCAAUAAUAUCUUAUGAAAUAAUGGCAACUGAUAGCGAACGAGAUGAAAAUAACGAAGUUCACUUGGCAUACAACAUGAUGGAAGAAAAACACACGUAUACUUAUAAAAAACUUGUUGUACCGAUGUCUAUGAGAAGCGUCUACUGGAAGUACUUUGGAUUUCCGGCAACUGAUGAAGGUGAAAUAUUAACUAAAAUAAAAAUAGUAUGCAUUCUCUGUCGCACACAGAUUGCAUACAAUCGGAACACGAGUAAUCUCCGUAUGCAUUUACAAAAUAAACAUACACAUGAGCUGAUGGAAUUGGAAGCUACGAAACCGCCUAAAAAACAGUACGUGCCCCAGGACCCCAAGGAGAGACGAGCUCAGAAAAAACUGCUAAAGUCGACGACGUUUAUCCACACGACGAACAUUGACGGUACUGUUCAUAUUGAUGGUGACCUGCAGUAUGUAACUGACCCGAAUGUCAGUUUUGCCAGCAUAGAAGACGACGUUAGUCUCGAGUCACCACUAAGGAUUUCUAUGAAGAACGCAUCGACGAGUAGAGACAGUCAGCAGUUGUCUUACGUGAUUUCAGAUGAUGGAGAUAUUCAGCACGCAGAGAGCAGAGAUGUCACGAAUUUAUUGACGGAGCUGGUUGUCAUGGACAUGCAGCUACCGAAUUUCGUUGAAGGAUCUGGGUUCCUGAGGUUCAUGUCAUUGCUGGGUUCGUCGUAUGAAAUUCCUUGUAGAAGUAAACUCGAGACGGAGUUAAUUCCUAAAAUGUAUGACAGAUACAAAUCUCACAUGCUUACUGUCUUACAUAAAAUUCCAACGAACAUUGGGUUGACCCUUGAAGAAUGGAAGUCCAGCACGGAUGAAUACUUUAUAACUAUUUCGAUGUUUUACCAAAAUACUGAUGAGCCGAUUAUGGAAACUAGAGUCUUGACGACUGUUAAUGCACCAAGAGAUUGGGACAUUAAUCAGUGGGGUACUUUUAUUGAAAUGUUUUUGUACGAGUGGAAUCUUAGGUCGGAAAAAGUCACGGCUAUAAUUACAGCAACUGCGCGUGAAGAGUUACUCAGUGCUUUAACUAACAGAGGAUUCACUUUGAUACCCUGUUUGCUCUUUACGCUACAAGAAUGUGUACAAGAGUGUUUUGAUAACCCUGGAAUAAAAGAGAUAUUAGCGGCUUGUCGGGUAAUCGUCGGUGUAAUUACUGCGAAAAUGGGUAUAUCGGAAAAAUUGGAAGAGCAAGACACAUAUUUUGAGAUAGAGGAAAAUCCUUUGACAAUGGAUUAUCCAGCAGUCUGGACGUCGACGCACAAUAUGAUGCAGCAAAUGAUUGCUAAGAAAAGUUACAUUGAAUCGUUAUUGGUCUCUAAAAGUGAAUCGGAAGGGAGUGAAAUUGGGUGGACGGGUAUUAAAUUCGAGGCUGAGCAUUGGAGUAUCAUCGAGGAUCUUGUAAUGGUACUCGAGCCAUUGAAAGUUAUAAUACUAACGCUAGUCGAAGAAAAAAUUCCUAUCAUAUCACUUUUGAAACCUCUUUUGUGGCAACUCGAGUCUGUUCAUCUGGGUAUCAAACAGUCUGACAGUAAUCUGACGAAAACUUUCAAGACACAAAUCAGUGAAAAACUUCUUGAAAGAUACGAAUGCGUGGAAAUUAGUAAAAUGUUACAAAUCGCCACGACUUUGGACCCCAGGUUUAAACAAUUGCCAUAUGCGGCUGAUGAAGAUAAAAUUAUUGCAAUGAAAGAAAUAAAAGAAUCGAUAAAAACACUAAUUCACGAGGAGGAGCGGAAACCAGCUAACAGAAGUCAAGAACCCGUGAAUAAAAAAAGCAGACUGUCUGGGAUGGAAAAUCUGUUCAAAGAUUUCAAUUCCAAAAAAACCCGAACAACGAUUUCAGACAAAGCUGAAUUGGAGAUGGUACAGUAUCAAGGGGAAUCUGGGGAACCACUGGGCUCUUGUCCUAUUGAAUGGUGGACAAAACUCUCAGCCAAGUGUCCAUUUUUAUAUAAACUGGCGACUCAUUACAAUUGCGUGCCAGUAUGCUGUGCUCCAUCAACGCGCAUUCAUCCAGAAGCGCAGAUCGUCUAUAACAUAAAACGCGCCUCUAUACCAUCUCAUCUUGUCGACAAGCUGAUUUUCCUCAACUGUAAUCACGGUAUCAGUUUCACUGUUUAAUAAUUAUUUCAAUUCUGAGAAUGAAAUUCUCAGCACGUGAUGUUUAUUAGAGAACAAAAAUUCUUUAUCGUAUGAUUAAUUUGUAAUUGAAAUUUUUUUUCAACUAUGAAACAAAGGUCAUGCUCGCAAAAUUAAAAAAUUUAUUUUUAAUGAUACAUAUAUUUAUUAUUAUUAUUAGUUUUAUUUGUUAUUUAAAUAUCUAUUCACAUUGCAUCACUCAGUGCAAAUGACAUUAUUUGUACAUAGUGUAAAAUAAUUAGACUUUUCAUCUCAUGACUCGCGGUAAAUAUUGUUUUGCAUAAUAUACUGACCCGAUUCGCAUCAAAACUCAACGCCAUUGUUUUAUUAUCUUUUUUAAAUCUUAUAAAAAGAUUGAAUUAUGAUUAAUGUGAUUGUACAAAUAUAAAUUAAUUAUGAUUAAUCAUUAAAAUAUUUGCUACUAUAUGUUUAAAUAAUUUAAGGGACAUUUGUUUAAUACAAUUACUUGUAUAAUAUUAAUAUAUAAGAUUAUAUUAUUUUUAAAGAUUUAAAAUAAGUAAAAUUUAGUGCCUAAGAAAAUAUAAAAAUAAUUUUUGAAUUAAAUAUACUGAGUGUUAAAAAUAA